AUGUCUCGAUCACAAGGCAACUCGACCGAUCAGAUGGGUGAUGUUGACCGUGAGUUGGCCGAGACGGAAGCCCGCAACCUGAUGCCGCCGCCUCCUGUGCCUCCUCUUCCUACUCAUCCCCCUCUCCCUAUUCCUCCGUGGCGCACCGUUUCUCCCCCGGUUCGACUGCCUGGUCCGGAUGAGCUGGCGUCGCCAUUCGCCAAUCCGGUCUGGUAUCCAGAACCACCUCUUCCUGCGUGGCACUCCGAUCAGGUCCCUACGACCACUCAUCGUGGACUUCCACGGCAUCCGAGCAGCUCACCACCCGAGCCUCGCUCUCCUCGCACGUAUGGGGAUUUCAUCCCUGCCUUCCAGGUUGGGGCCUCGCCUCCCGAGCUGCCACUGGAGCCACUGCCGCAAACCGGUGCUACCGCUCCUAAUACUUCCUCGCGCAAUCCAGCUGUCCUUGCGCGAAAUGAAUUAACCACUUUCUUUGGAGUUGAGCCUGCCGGGCCGCCCGACCCUCGCGAACCCAGCACUAGCGUGAUGCUUGAUUCUUUGACCCCCAUCGAUCCGCAGCUGAUGCCGGCGAUUCCGACGAUGGGCGACAUGUCCUACAGUCCAAGCAGUGCGCCCAACUCGUCCACCACAGUGCCUGGUUCACGUGCUAGACCUACCAUUGGUCCCGGAAUACAGUUUCGAGGAGGGACAAUGGGUGGCAUGCCAUAUACUCCAAGCAAUGUGCACUCCCAGUAUACGACAGCGUCCACUUCAUAUGCUGCUCCUAUCAAUGGGCCGGCAACACAGCUUCAAGGAGUGUUAAUAGGUGACAUGCCCUACACCCCAAGCAGUCUGCCCAAUCCGUACACGAUGGUGCCUGCUUCAUAUACUGCUCCUAUGACUGUUCCCAGGCCGCAGCAUCAAGGAGUGCUUACUGAAGCAACCACUCCUCAAAUGCCUGCCCAGCAUGUGCAGAAUUCGCCCCGGUAUCUGACUGCUCCCCGGAGACCACCCCCGUCUUUGAAUACUACCCAGGGAAUGCACCCAAUGCCGGUCGAGAGGGAAUACGCACUCCAGUCAUGGCUCGUACGCCAGCAGCUGCUCGCGGGCAUCCCGAUUGAUCAGCUCGAACCAAUGCAAGGUCCGCGGUCCCGACAACAACAGGUGUCGCCCUCAGGCAUUCAUACCCGGUACCGGACCCCGGCGCUUCUCAUGAUCACUGAAGAUGGAAUCCGGAUUCCACGCCUUCCACUUGCUCAAUUCCAAGGCACACUUCAACCGCUGCCUAAUCUACCGGGCCCCCCGGCAAUCAGAUCGCAGCAGACCCCUCUCUGCCACCGGCCGUGCAUACUGGAAAUGGGGACGUAG